AUGCCCGCCCCCUCGCCCCUCGCCAUCGCGUCCGGCUCCGUCCAGCGGCUGCUCAAGGAGGAGGCGUCGUACCACAAGGAGCUCGCGCAGCAGGAGGCGGAGGUCAAGGCGCUCGAGGAGCGGAUCAAGGCCAGCGGCGCCGCGAGCGAGGACGGCAACGACGAGUUUAUGCUGAAGCAGCAGACCAAGGCCGUCUUCGGCCCACUGAAGGAGCGCAUCGCGAAUGCCGUGACGAAGCUCGAGGAACAGAUCGCGGCGAGCGAAGAGUCCAACACGAACGCGGCCGAUUUGGAAGCCGCCAAGGCGGUCCUGGCGCAGGCCAAGGCCGCGUAG